GAUAUUGGCUUUUGAAAAAAAGGGCGACUAGGUUUUUUGCGUUUCCGCAAGAAUGCAGCAGCCGGCGGCUUCUCUGGGCCAUCCUGGAAAGGAAACAGAGCAGGUUUUGAAACUAGCCGAAGGUUCGACGGGUAAUAGGUCAGAUCUCAGAACACUUGUCAGCAAGGAAAAGGUUUCGACGGUGGUUCGUGCAGCAGGGGUCCCAGAGAAAAAAUCAUGGGUACAACUCGCUCAGAAACACGUUUUCACUAAACAAAAGUUUGUCGUAGAGGCAGUAGAUGGGCAAGAGAGAGUAGUGGUACCGAAAGAGGUCACCCAAUCAGAUGUCCCCUCAUCAAUGUUCACAGAUAAGGGACUUGAAUUCCUAUCUAGUGCAGUGGGAAGACCAAUAAGGUUACACCCAAAAGAAGACACAUGUGUGAGUUUUGAUGAAGCUCAAAUUCUAGUGGAAGUAGAUUUAACAAAAGAUCUCCCAAAAGAGUAUGUAAUCAUGGGUGAGGAGGAAGGAAAGCUUGAUGCAGUGAUCAAAUAUUCAUACCCGUGGUUACCACCACGAUUCACCUGUUUUGCUAGUCCUGGAGAUGGUGAAGAGCAGGGUGGUGAUGAUCAGGGUUGGAUCACGCCUCCAAGGAUAAGUCGCAGCCCAAGCAAGAGAUCAGAGGGUCCCAAAUAUGGGGAGGCCUCCAUUCUAUCUAACACCUACUCGGCAUUAAGUAUGGUGGAUGAAGUGAGGGUAGAGGCAAAGGAUGAAGAGGAGGUGGGUGAGGAGGUAGAACUUCCAACCACACAGGCUCCUCAGGGGAAGGUGCAAAAAUCAGAUCAUGUGGUGUCGUCUAGGGGAGCAAACUUGCCCCUGAGACAGUCUCUCUUCCAAGAGGCUCUAAAAUAGCUCAUAAAAUGGUCUCAGUUUC